CUUCGGUUUUCUUGGAGUGUAGUCUUGGUGGCUAGAUAACAUGCUGGAAUGCUGGUUGUACUCCGCUUUUCUAAUCUCUUGUUUUUCUAUCUCUAUAAUUAUUUCUCCAUCUUUGCAAUGUGGCAUCAGUACGCACAUUGCCAUAGCACACCAAGCUCUCGAGUGGUUUGACGAUCAGAGAGGGAAUACAAGCUACCGAAAGAUUAUUUUAGCUCACCAAGAUGGCUUUAUUGCCGGAAAUCCGUACCCUGACGCGAUGUAUUCAAAUUUGUGCUAUGGCGGCAAGUACCACCAAGUCGCUGAAGAUACGCAUUGGGUCCCUUUCCUGAACGCUACUGUGAAUUACAUCAGACGAAAAUACCCCAAGCCGUGGGACGAGGCCACAGAGAAGCUAGUAGCCUUCACUCUUGGAUAUGUUUCUCAUCAAAUGGCGGAUGUGACUUGGCACAGUCUCGGCAUUAAACAGGGAUUCCUACGGACCAUGGGAGAUGUCAAUUUCUUUGGGUCAUUUCCAGCUGCUCAUAGUGUUGGUGAUGAAGGAGGUGAUCUCAUCAACACAUUCGAAGGAGAUACAAAGCCUGUGCCACUAUCCAUGGAUAAAUGGUUUGUACCAACUAAAGACCUUGCAAUUAUAUACAAUGAGUACUAUGGCAAGGAAGUGAUCACAGAAGAGGAAAUAAAGGUCUGUACUGGGAUUAUCUUCCUAGGCUGGCUAGGAGAAAAAAUCGCCGGGGCCAAGAUAUUCAAGAAAUAUGCUUCAGCAUCACCUUUCUUAACUGAGCAACUCCAUGAAUACUUUCAAGGUGGUUUAUCUGACAUGGCUGGAUGGACUGGCCUGAUUUGGCAUGAUGCAAUUGAUAUGUUGGAGCAUGGAACUAAUAUCUGCAAUGUACCUCAUAGCCCUAUUUCUAUCCACUGCAACACCACCAGACGUAAACGUUUAGCGAGUCCUCUACAAGAAAAGACUUUGAAGAAUCCAGGCCUUUCUAUCCCAAUCAGUGAAUUAUUGGAUAUGAGUAGCCUUUCUCUAGAAGAUAUUGUUGUGGAAGAAACCCAUAGGGGAAUAUUGUACAGUGCAAGGAAGCAUUUAAAUAAGAGGAUUGCACAUCAAAGACAGAUGAUAAAACCUAAGAUAACCUCUCCUAAACCAAUUGUUAACAUGGCACAGGAUGAUUUAUCUUACAAAAGUGCAACCUAUGGUUUGAAGCAGGCAUAUGCUAAGCUUGGUUGGUCCAUAUCUUCUGGUAACUUCAGUGGUGUUAAUACAAGCCUGGUCAUAAGUGCACCAGAGUAUGGCACGCCUGGGCGGAGCCAGUAUGGCAAGGUUUAUCUUAUACAUUCUGACAAGGGUGGGAGUUUUCCAUUUCAUGACAUGGAUCUUGAUGAAUGUGCUGAUAUGAGUCUGGAUGGUAUUGUCCCUAAUGGAAGGUUUGGCUAUGAUUUAGCAGUGUCUGAUCUCAACAAAGAUGGAAUUGAUGACUUGGCAGUCAGUGCUCCAUCUGAGGGAGCUGACAACCUCCAGUACACCGGUGCUGUGUAUGUGUACUAUGGUGUUCUUGGAAAAGGCAUUCCCAUCAAGCCAGAUCUAACCAUUAUAGGAAAAGGCCAGUACUACAACCUUGGCACCAAAUUACUAGGGGCUGAUAUAGAUAGUGAUGGCUACAGGGACCUUAUCAUAGGUUCUCCCUAUGCCCCCGCUGGUGGUCCCCAGAGAGGGUCUGUUACUGUCUUCCUGGCAAAGACUGCAAGGAAGCAAGGAGAGGUGCUGAGUGUAACCAAUGCUGAUUGGUCAAUUGCUGGCGAGCAGGAUUUCAGUUGGUUUGGUAAUGCAAUGCAUGUUAUGGAUUAUGCCAGGCAGAAAACACUCAUUGUCUCUGCACCAGCAUUUAGGAUCUGUGCAGAAGCUGAUUGCAGGAACUCCCCACAUGAUACCCAGACUGUGGGACGGGUGUAUGUGUAUCCAAUACAGCCUGGUGCUUCUCCAACUUUUAGUGUCUCGAUUACUGGAAACGAGACAUUCAUGAAGCUUGGCAUGUCACUGUCUGUUGGCAGUCCUUAUUUGGAUGAUGCACCUUAUUUAGCAGUAUCUGCUGCAACUAAAGCUGUCACUGUGCAUCUGCCAGCGAACAUUGAGUCAACUUUUGAGCAAAGUGGAGUUGUUUAUUUGCUGAACAUGAGUGGCAUACUUCAGAGGAAGCAGAAUGUCUCUCUUACAAACAUGACGGUUGCUGCUUUAUUUGAGGGUGAUCGUAGAUUUGCGCGGACUGGCUGGGUUGUUGACUGGGCGGAUGUCAAUAUGGAUGGCAUACAGGACCUGCUUUUCUCAGCACCAUUUAGGACAAAUGAUAUCACAGAAGAACUCGUAGGAUCUGAAGAGGGCGAACUUUAUGUUUACUAUGGAGGCAAAGUCUUUCCACGGGGGCAAGGUACUCGUGGAUGCACAGACAUUGACCCAUGCCCCGGCGAAAAGGCAUCAAUUGCGAUAUCAUCUGGAGGAGAGCACUCCCGUUUUGGCUCUUCUUUCUUCGCUUUGCCUAGCAACAACAUGAAGACUGUUGACCGUUAUGUUGCCGUGUCAGCACCCCGCAGCUCAGCUCUCGCCUUCCACGCAGGAACAGUACAUCUGUACAGGUUUACCAGUAGUUUUUGAUAGCAUCGAAGUAUGAAACACACCAAGCUAUGAUAUACUGUUUAUAAUUCAUCCAAAUAUUAACAAUAAAUCAUUCAACAACAGGUGCCCAUCACUAGAAACUUACAACCGAGUGAAAUUCUUGAGUGAACCUUUUCAAAGACUAGCUAUUUUGGGUUAAUUUUAGAUUUACAGGCUCACGUUGAGGAGUUUAGAUCUAUAACAGAGUUUGUAUGAGCGAACAGAAGUUGUCAUUAAUCUGUUUAUAAAAAUACAUAACCUGAGUUCAAAACAGUUGUUGGACUUUGCACAAAAUUAAUAAACUGAGCUGCUGCCUAA